AUGUUUGGGAGUUUUACGAUAUAUUGGCCUCUCCUUUCUUAUUUAGGCCAUAUUUUGAUUAAUUUAAGUAGUGCCCUUUCAUCUCAUAACAAUUUUCAAAGUAACUAUAACAGAUAUCAUUUGGAAGAUGCAAGAGAUAAUAUAUGUUAUGCAUUAGUUCUCUCAUCUGGUUCUAACAAGGGUCCAUGGCAAGCAGGAGUAAUUAGAGGUAUUGCACAAAAGUAUCACGACAUGAAUGUAACUCUACGGUGGGAUAUUGUAGGUGGUACAUCUGUUGGAGCAUUUAAUGGACUAGUAUCUCAGUUUUAUCCUCCUGGAAAUGAAUUAGAAUGGACAACAGAAUUAGUUAUUUUGUGGAAAAUGACUAGGCAAAGAGAUAUAUCUUCUUGUAAAUUUCCUUUGAAGAAAAACUAUAGCCGCUGGUUUUUGAGCUUAACUAGAGGAAUGGUUAACUCUCGAAAUCCUUUUCGCUAUUUAUGUGAUAAUUCUCCUGCUAGGAAGCGAUUAAGAGAACUAUUUCUACAUAGAAGACAUAGGCAAAGACUAUUUUAUACAAAUACAAUGCGUUUUACUGAUAGGACUGCUCAUGUAUUUACAGAACAGUUAGAGUUGGAGGAUAUUAUAGAAGCUGUUGUGGGGUCAGGUACUAUACCUGGGAUAUUUCCUAUAAAAUAUCUGAGAAAUUUGGGUUUUCACGUAGAUGGUGGUUUUGUAGCAGCUGGUGACCUAGAAACUGCAAUUAAGCGUUGCAUAGCUGUUGGAAAGGCAAAAUCCCCUAAAGAUGUAGUUAUUGACUUUAUAUCAGCUCAAGAACCUAGGGAACUAAGAAAGAAUACAUCUUUACUAGAUUAUGAUGAACAAAGAGAUCCUUCGAGGCUACCCUUCUACUCUGUGUUAUUUGAAUCUAUUGGGAUAUUGUCAGAUAUGGUCUCCUCUACUUCUGUUAUUCGACAAAUGAUUGCUAAGUAUCCAGAUGUUACAAUUAGGUAUUUGAUUCAGCCUAAUGAGGAAGCAUUGAUGUGGAUCCCUAGAAAUAUGAUGGAUUUUUCACAAUGGAGGAAAAUGCAUCGAGCUAUCGAAGCAGGAUAUAAUGCAGGAUAUAAUAUAAUUCCUAUGACAAAUGAAGUAUGGGGUUUUAUUUUAGAACCUCCUAAGGUAUUUAUUCAUCCUCCAGAUUCAAUAGAUGUAACACAUAUCCUGGAACGAUACUAUAAAGAAUGUGAUGCCAGAAAACUUUCAAGUGGCUUUGAACCUAUUGGAUUAAAUGAUGUAACUACUUUCUUACUUGCUUCCAAUGUGGAAAGAGCAAUAAGGGUUGUAUUCACAGAGGUAACUCCUUAUAAAAAUAUCUUUUUACUUAGAGAUGCUAGUGUAUUUGCUACCUUUAUGGGUCCAAUUUUCAUUGUAAAAAGAUGCGCGGACUUAAUGCAGUACUUUGCAGCUGCCAGAGGUGUUAGAUAUUCCAACUAUGGCAAGUAUUUAACUUGGAUUGGUGAUCUAUGCAAUAAAAUAGGUACUAAAAUUAACGAAAUAAACAGUGGAUGGAUGAAUAACUUCCCUAUUCUCUAUAAACAAGAACAUAAAUAUCCAUUUGAAGAUUUGGAUACUGAUAAUCUAAAUGAUUGUAUCAUCAGCAUUAACAAUACUUGUAUAUAUGAAUUUAGUGGGAUAUUAGAUGAUACCAGAGAUAUUGGGUUGGAUUCUAUUACUACUGACAUUAGGUACUUAACCCACAUGUUGGCGCAUAAUGAGAGUAAAGGUUUAGGGAUAUCAGCCAAUUACUUUGCUCAGGCUAAGAAAACAAUAUAUGUACUCAAAAAGUGUGUUAAUUCUCUACAAGGAAAUCUUCAGGAAAUACUUGAUCAAAUUGAUCUUAGUUCUACAAUAAAGCAUACAGCUUCUAGUGCGGAACGUAUAUUUAAACAAACAUAUCGGAUUCUCCUCUCAUAUCUUAAGGGAUUACAAAUUCUAAAUGAAGAUAUUGAGAGACUUCAUCAAUCAUCUGAAUCUAUUGGAUACUACUUAAGAGAAUCAGGAAAUAUUAGAAAUAGAGCUUUGGAACUUCUACAAAAUAUUAAUUCUAAAGAAAAUAAUGGUGUUUUUAUAGCUAAUAUCAAGGAUGUAUACGAUGUACUUUUAAUAUAUAAACAAUAUUUACAACUUCACCAGAACACUCAGAUUAGAGAAAGUGAAAAUAAGAGAUUUUUCGCUGAUACUAAGCAUUCUCAAUUACUUUUAACAAGGAUUAUUUAUGCAGUUCGUUCACGACUGAAUCAUUUUAAGAAGAUCUUGAAUGAUUCUCAGAUAAAGAGCUUGGUUCUGGAGCUUAUUAAGUGCAUUAGCAUAAUUGAAAAAAUUUCAUAUUCAAAUAAUGCAGGUAGUAAAUUUUGA